GUAAGCGUAGUCCGAUCAUAGUAUUUUUUUCCCGUCAGCAUGUUAAGGAAGAGAAGGCUUGGAUUGGUUAUUAGUGAAAAUGGAGCCUCGUGAUUGGUCUAUUUCGUGUUAGUGGUCAAAACAACGCCGGGACUGCGCGGAUUUUCCAUGAGUCUCGCUACUUGCGGUACCAUUUUGUGUGACAGGCAGAGAGAGACUUAAACGGGCUAAAAAAAAUUAAAAACUUAUAUUUAUUGUUUUUUAUAAAAAAAACGCCGCGCACGUUAUUUAUUUGAAAUUAUUUUUUAGGUUGUUAGGCUUAAUUUUUAAGAAAAAGGUUUGACAGUGAAAUCCCAUAAUCAUUUGUAUGCGAAUCUAAUUUUUAAACGCUUUUUUGAAAAGUAGCCUAGUUGGUCAACCUCGACCCCGGGACUCUUUGGUUUUUGUUUUAUUUACCGUUGUUAAAAAGAGGUCAAAUUUGUGGUCUAAGCGUUAAAUUGUAGAAAUUGUGUGUGUUGAGUUUUCUACUGACGAACAUGAUGUUCAGAUGGAACCCCUCCCUAGGGUUUUUUGCCUUUUGAUAUGACGUCGCCGUCAUCUCUUAUAUCAAGAAAGCAAAAAACCCUGGGAACGAGGUAAUUCAAUAAAGAAUAGUUGUUUAGCAGCGGAUCAAAGUUGCUGUUGCAGCAGUUUUUCCGGAAUGCAGUGAAUAAUAACAUUAUUAUCAUCAAGAAAACCUUUUUGUUUAAGUAAAAAGGUAUUGUAAAGAACGGAGUUAUCGAGACAAUUAUCCAUGACCUAGGCCAUCGCACUUUUUAGCUUUUUUUGGUUCAGUGAAGCAGAGCCAGCUUAAAGAGAUGCGUACUGCAUAAAUUAUGUUAGUUAUAAUUUUAAAUAUUUAGUAGGCUUCUCUUUAGGUAAUCUCCAGAGUUUUAUGUUUUAUUGGAGCGUAUUGUCACUCGUGGUGCUGGUUGUCGAGUAGAAGGUACUUGCAAUGACACGAAGUAGCCUUCUCCUGUUCCUGUUUUUCGCAGUUCAAUGCUCCACUUUAAAUGGAGAGAAAUUGGAAACAAAACAGUUAGUUCCCGGUGUGUGGGCAUUCAAUCAAGGCUCUGAAUAUUUCUCCAUGUUUGUUGCCACUGGUAAAGGAGUGAUCGUGGUGGAACCUAUUUCCACUAAUCACUCUGUGCUUUUACUCGAAGAAAUCAAGAAAGUCACCAAUGAGCCAAUCAGGUACCUUAUAUACAGUCACAAUCACUGGGAUCACACAAGCGGAGGAAAGGUUUUCAAAGAAAAUGGCAAUAAUGCUACAAUCUUGGCUCAUGCUGAAGCAACCGAAUGGAUUAAAGCGAACACAGGACCGACACAAGUGAUUCCAGAUGAAAGCUGGGAUGGCUUGACGCAUGAACUUAAGUUGGGAAAUAUCACAGUUGAUAUGACCUAUCAUGGUAUCAAUCAUGGCAGAGGAAUGAUUGUGUUGAUCUUGCGUGAACACAAAUUCGCUUACAUAUCUGAUAUCGUUGUACCAAACAGAGUUUUCUUUAACAUUGCUCCCGAUUUUAAUAUCAAAGAAUGGGAGAGAUCAUUAAGGGAAAUUUUGAAUUUAGAUUUUACAAAAGGUAUCUGUACACACAACAAUAAUCCCAAUGCUAUUGAUGGAUGUGACAAACAGGAUGUUCAGGAUUAUAUUGACUUCAUGACAGACAUACGCGCUGGAAUCAAAGCUUAUGUGGACAAUGGCACCAACGUUUUCGAAGUUCCAACUAAACUUAAAUUGAAGAAAUAUGAAAAUUGGGCAUUUUACCAAGAAUGGUUUGAGAUGAGCGUGUGGGCUGUGUUAGUGGCAGAUUUAACGGGUAAUUAUCCAUGGAGACCACCGCGAGUGUUCCCCAAAACAACCACCACAACCACGGCGGCCCCUUCAAACGGUCUUCCCAUGUUGAGAUUUAAUGUUGAAAUUUUCUUCAUCACAUUCUUCGUUGCAGUGUUGUUAAACAAAAGCAUGUGAGGGAGAGAGCAACCAUAACUUGUUACCAGGCUACUUUAAUAAUUUAACUUUUUUUUAAGGAUGAUAACAGCAACAUUGUAUUUUGUUUUAUUUGAUAAAAAAAACUCGCACAAAAAAUUAUUAAGUAUUAAUUUCUUUUUCUUUCUUAUUCAAGAAAUUGUCAUCAGUAUCUCGCUGCUGACAUAUAUGUGGAAAAGAGAACAACUUCGUCCCCAGGGAAUUUUGCCUUGUUGAUUAAGUUGAUAGUUGGCCAUUCCGUAAUAACGGCUCAGGGGCCACAAGACCCUAGGGACGAGGUUGGGGAAAGAAAUCUCGUCUCUCCGCCCCCGGUAUAAAAAAAUAGGCAAAGAGCCCUCGGAUCGAAGUAACAUUGAUUUCCUAUCCAGUUUGCAAAAUCUCGGCCGUCCCAAAGAGGAAAAGAACCCCGGGGAUGACGGUACGGGUGUGAGGGAAUAAUAACCCUGAUUUCAUCAAAAAAAUACUAUAAUAGAUAAAUAAUACAAGUUUAGUAAUACAAGGCUUUUUUUCUUUCUUUUUGAAAAUUUUGCACAGCUAGAGAAAAAGCUUUGGGCAACGAGGUUGUUACUAGAGUCAUCAGGAAACAACUUCGUGCACCACAUUAGGGCUUUAAUGGUAGAAUAAAAACCACAAAACAAGUAAUAUAAGCACGCGCACUGACGAGAUAUGAUGUUUUGCUUGAAUAUUUCGCUCAAAUAUGUUACUCGAAUUUUUUUCUCUUAAAUUUUCUGUAAUAUUCCACUUAAAUAUUUCACCCAAAUAAUCCACCUAAUAAAAGUAUAAAAUGUUCUUAAAAGAUAAAGUCUUGCAAAUAUACGGCGGACUGUUUUAUGUUAAUCACUGGCAAAUAUUUCUCUUUCCCAUCUAGAAAAUAUUCUUCAAUAUUUGCGGGUCUGAAAUACGGAGAGUUUGCAGUAGUUUAAUUUAAUUGGACACUUCAACCUUAAGAUUGAAUAAAAACGCGUCCUCUGCACAAGUCUCUGCCGUAUACCAUCAUGGACAAAAAUAUUUUAAGGGUGAAGAGUAAGAGGAGAGAUAAUGUUGAAACGCCCCUGAAACAGCAAUAAACGCCCCUGAAACAGCAAUAAACGCCCCUGAAACAGCAGUAAACGCCCCUGAAACAGCAAUAAACGCCCCUGAAACAGCAAUAAACGCCCCUGAAACAGCAAUAAACGGUCAAGAAUAGGCAUGGAAGCUAGAUGUAC